UUCUAUUUUUGUAAUUUUUUUAAUUAAUAUUUUUAACCUACAGCGAUCGAAUUAGAUUUUUAAACUGGAUAUUGUAUUUUAAAUUUUUGGAUUAUUGGUGUUUUAUCUGCUGUACACCGCCCUGAGUCUUCGGAGAAGGGCGGUAUAAAAAUUUGAAAAAUAAAUAAAUAAAUAAAUAAACCAGCCAGCGAUUUCCAAACUUUGAGGAUGCAACAAAGCCACCCCACCCCACCCAUCCCUGGGAAAAAGGAAGACGAAGGAGGAUGGAUAUCAGACACUUAAGGGGGGAACUGAAAGUGCCUACAAAUGUUUAGUCAGAUCCAGAGUUUGCUUCAGCCAAUGUCGAACUCAAGCAACCAAUUGCUGCAUGUUGCUUACUUGUUUCCAGAAUUAAGAGUUGGUUGCUUUGAGAGAGCCGUGAAUGAGAUCCGUUACCUGAAGAAGCAAAGAGGGUGGGCUGUGAGGGAGAAGAAAUUCAAAGUCCUCCUAAACUUACCAUAUUUUUCGGAGUAUAAGACACACUCCCCCCCCCCAAAGAGGGUGAAAAUUUGAGUGCGUCUUAUACACCGAAUAUGGUCAAAAACGUGAGGCACGGAGGAGGCGAUGGUCUGUGGCAAUCCCUGCAGCCUGGAACAGCUGAUUGGGGGUAUUUCAGGAGGCUAAUGCACCCGCCAGUCAGCUGCUUGUGCUGAAUCAGGCUGCAAUAAUGUAGUGAAGCUAUUUGCUGCAAGGACAUGUCAGAAUUUGCAGCAGCAAUCGCAUCCAGAAAGCACCCACAAGUAACUGAUUCAGCAGGAUUCAAUAAUUUCUCUUUAUAUAUAAUGUAACACAUGAAGUAAUACCAAAAGCAAGUUUUCCAAGUGGUAGUAAACACAAACAGAGGGGAGGAGUUUCAGUUUUAUAAUAACAGAGUUGGAAGGGACCUUGGAGGUCUUCUAGUCCAACCCCCUGCCCAGGCAGAAAACUCUACACCAUUUCAGACAAAUGGCUUUCCAACAUUUUCUUAAAAAUUUCCAGUGUUGGAGCAUUCACAGCUUCUAGUUUCAGAGAUCAGCACAGCACGCAGCUUUAGUACAGGAACAGUUGAGCUAAGCCAUGCCCAGGCUCCUUGCUGUCUCCUUCCUUGUUGCCCACACAACAAGACUGUUUCAGUUUCCAAACAGCCCUCACCUCUCUCAUACACUGACAGGACUCUAGUCAGAUGAAUCGUGAUUGAUGCUGCUAGACAGAGGCAGAUUUUUUUUUUCUUAUUUUCCUCCCCAAAAAAUAAGGUGCGUCUUAUAACUCCAGAGCGUCUUACACUCUGAAAAAUACAGCAUACCUUCUAUAUUCUGGGUUAUUGAUGGUUCCUGAAUAUUUUCUUUCUACCUCUCCUAUCCAAAGAGACCCACUUGCUUUCUCUGCUCUGGCCUAGGCCCACCCGGAAACAAAAAAGAGAUGUAAAACAGCUGAAAAUGCAACAUUGAUUCUGAAAUCGUGUUUUCUUUUCAAACUUGCAGGUAGAAGUUGCUUGUGAACCAAACUAUAUCCUACAUAAGGAAGGCUAGCUGGUGUACUGAGUUUUGUCCAGGGCAAGAUAAGUCGGGUGGAGAUCCAUUGGCCCGUUUCAUAUCCUCAGUCUUGGAGAUCCAAGCAGCUGUUGGCAUCCUUUGUAUCUGGAUUAGAGAAUAGAGGAAAAAAUGGAGGGACAAUACCCAUUAGAUGCAGAAGCUGGACAAAGCCCUCCUGUUGAUCAGUUUGGGAGCUAUGUGGAGGUCAGGAUAAAAACUGAACCAGAGGAUGAAGAGGAAGAGUCCAUCAGCUCAGAGGUCCAGCAUCAAAACUUCAGGAAGGGUCCCCGAGGACUUUGCAGCCGACUCCAUCACUUUUGCAAUCAGUGUUGAAGCCAGAAAAACAUACAAAGGCACAGAUGCUGGACUUGAUUCUUCUGGAGCAGCUCCUGGCUCUCCUGCCCCCAGAGAUGGAGGGCUGGGUGCGGGAAUGUAGAGCAGAGACCAGCUCCCAGGCGGUGGCCCUGGCGGAAGGCUUCCUCCUGAGCCAGAAGGAGGAGAAGAAAGAGGAGGUUGAGCUGCAGGUCCAAAGGCCUCUCUCGGGGGCCAUUCCUCAACAUCUGGAUGGAAAGAGAAACCGGUUAAAUCUUUCCCAGGAACUGCUUAUUUGGAAGAUCUCCCAAGAAAGGCCAAGUCUGGGCAUCUCACCAGAGAAUAUCAUGAAGUAAUUGGUAUUCAUCGGGCUCUCUCCCUUUUCUGGUGAACCCAAAAUAACAACUAAGCCUCCAGUUCAGGUAGGAAGAAGAACAUCAACCAAAAGAUAGAGGAGACUGUUUCCUGAGCUUCCAUUUUGUUAGUGUGCCUGGGAUUUUACACUAGUUUCUACCAGUGGUGGGACUCAAAUAAUUUAGCAACAGGUUCUCUGCCCUAAUGACCAGCUGGGUGGGCGUAGUUCGGUGGUCAUGUGACGUGUGGGCGUGGCCAAUUCAACAUCACUCAUUUCGAUGGGCGCUUCACCUUAGCUGUUACAAUGUAGUAAGGGUUAACCAGGGAGGCAGUUUCUUAGGCUAGAAACAACACCAGAAUGUUUCCUUCCUGCCUUCCUUACAGGAUUAGCCUGUAAAAAAACAUAAUAAGGUUAUUUCCAACAACUGGUUCUCUGAACUGCUUAGAAAGUUAACAAUCGGUUCUCCUGAAUAGGUGCGAACUGGCUGAAUCCCACCACUGGUUUCCAUCAGCAACAUGAAAUAGAGAAAUUUAGGUUGUUAUGACUGACAUGAGCUUAGCCGCCUUCUCAAAACUGUUGAGGUGUGAUGCCUAAAAAGUAUUUACACUGAAGGAUUCUUACUACCGGUAGGAAAUCAACUUCAUUCUUGCCCAAUUUUGAGUCUGGCAAACAAAGAGCCCCCUUUUUCACUCUGAACUUUUGGGAUAAGUCAACCAAGGAAAAAAACAGACAUUUUUCCUAGGGUCAUAUGUUAAUACAGAAACUUGCUUUUCUUCCUUUCUCAGGGUCUCGUGACCUUUGAAGACGUCGCUGUGUAUUUCUCCGCGGAGGAAUGGUCUCAACUAGAUCCUGAACAAAAAGCCCUUCAUAAAGAAGUCAUGCUGGAGAACUCCAGAAAUGUGGCUUCCCUGGGUAGGAUUCCCUGUUAUUAGCUGAGACCCCAAGAACAGGGAUUCUCCCAGACAUGGAAAUAACCAGUUUCUGUGAAUAUAUCUGCAGUCAGAAUUUAUUUCCUGGGUUGGACAAAGAGAAGAUCCAUUCUUCUCCUCUUCCUAAGGCAAAAGUGGUCAAAAGCAAUCUGGUUAGAUGCCCCACAUAAUAAUUUGUCAUCUAAUAUUUGAGAGGGAUUCCUCAUUCAUUGAUUUUUUUUUUGUUUGUUUCUCUUUAAUUUUACCUAUAUGAUUAAUGACGCUCAUUCUCACAUAUCUAUCGCUUGAUGGGAAAGUCCCUGUUUGCAUUAUUAAAAAACUGACUUUUCUCAUAUACAGUAGAACCUCUGGUCACGACCAUAAUUUGUUCCAUAACUUUAGUUGUGAUGCGAAAAUUAGUGCAGUGGCCACACAUGGGUUGCUGUUGUUUGUAAACAAACAACAGGAAAUUUGGCACUUACAAGAAACCCCGAUUUGGUUGUGGUCAGAAGCGUCGUGACCGGAGGUUCUACUGUAGGCUGUUUGGUCAAUGUUUUUCUUUUCUUAGACAUUUUUACCUUGAAAGACAGAAUUCUGACAAUGCUGUUUUCUUGCAAACAUUUCAUGACCCAAACUAGAUAACUAUCUAGCACUGAUGUUACCUACCCUAGUUUGGGGUCUUGAAAUGUCUGCAAGAAAACAACCAAGCUCAGAGAGCACCAAGAAGCCAUGGUGGCGCAGUAGUUAGUAUGCAGUAUUGCAGGCUAAUUCAGCUCACUGCCAGGAGUUCAAUCCUCACCGGCUGAAGGUUGACUCAGCCUUCCAUCCUUCCGAGGUCGGUAGAAUGAGGACCCAGAUUGUUGGGGUCAAUAUGCAGACUCUGGAAAUUGCUUAGAGAAGGCAGUAAAGCAGUAUGAAGUGGUAUAUAAGCCUCAGUGCUAUUGCUAUUUCAACCCUGAGCUACAAAUAUUCUCUUUUAUUGAAAUGCUGCCAUUUGUGAUUUAGAAUGAAGGGAUCAGUGAUUUUAGGCUUUUUACAACUAUGGUUGUGGUCAGUGAUGGGAUUCAGCCGGUUCGUUCCGCUUCAGUAGAACCGGUAGCUAACUUUUUGUGCAGUUCGAUGAACCAGCUGAUCCCACCACUGUCUGGCCCCGCCCCACCCUUCCCAGCCACUCCUUUUCUUGCCUCGUCUGACUUGGCCGCUCGUCUAGUUUUUGGUAAAUUGCUCUGUCUCACAUGUAUAGCGACUACAAUCGAGUCCAAACUAAAACUUUUUAAAUUUUUUCGCAGUUGCCCUUAACAGGACGAAAAGGCAACAGAAUU